CGACACUUUCUACGACCACUCAGGAUCAUGUUUUACAAAGGUCUAAUAAACCAUGAAGCUUCUUUAUCUAACUCUCCUCCUGGCCAUCUCUGCAGGGGCCUUUCUCCUGCCUCAAAACAUGCUCAGGCCAUUCCAGCUAUUUUUAAACUCCGAUAAAGAGGCCAACCAAGCCAUUGAACCCGCCACUCUACCAAUCACCUACCGCAGAUGCUACAAUCUGAUACACAUUGACCGCAGCUCUGUCCAACAAUACGGUGGUGCAGGCGGCAUGUUUUGGGAACCGCUCUUCGUCGAAAAUGUUACUCCUUCAAGAACAGUCCAAGUGUGCGGAAACUACAAGUGUGCGGAAACUACAAAGACGACUGUCCAUCCCCCGACGGCAAUGUGA